GUGCUGCUCACAGUGGGAGUGGACAGCCGCGGGCAGCAGAGAUUCCUUCAGACAAGAGUUUGUGAUGCUAGAAGUGACCAUUCGAUGGAAUUAGUGGCCAUUGUCUCAGAAGAUGGGUUUCAUCACAGCUCUAACUCUGUAUACCGGGAACUAGAUGACCCCUUCCCAGAUGAACAAGAGCCCCUAAUACCUGGGCAGACAGGUAGCCAUUACAGCCAGCAUAAGCCUGAGGAUCGCUUCAGUGGGGUCUACAUCAUCUUCUUCUGCUUGGGGAUUGGCUCUCUGCUGCCCUGGAAUUUCUUCGUCACAGCCAAGGAGUACUGGAUCUACAAGCUCCAGAAUUGCUCGAGCCAGCCCACCCCUGAGGGAGCCUCUGACAUUCAGAACUAUUUCGAGAGCUACAUUUCCAUCGCUUCCACUGUGCCUUCAGUGCUGUGUCUCAUUGGGAAUUUCCUGCUGGUUAACAGGGUGGCAGUCAACGUCCGGGUCUUGGCCUCCUUGUCCAUCAUGCUGGCAAUCUUCGUGGUGAUGACUGUGCUGGUGAAAGUGGACACUUCUUCUUGGACCCACGCCUUCUUUGCCAUCACCAUCGCAUGUGUCGUGGUCCUCAGCAGCGCCUCCACUAUCUUCAACAGCAGCAUUUUCGGCAUGACGGGCUCUUUCCCCAUGAGGAAUUCCCAGGCUUUGAUAUCAGGCGGAGCCAUGGGGGGGACCAUCAGUGCGGUGGCUUCAUUGGUGGACAUGGCAGCAGCCAGACACGUGACAGAUAGCACCUUGGCCUUCUUCCUGACCGCAGACAUCUUCAUCGUGGCCUGCAUCAUUCUCUACCUGCUUCUUCCCAAGCUGGAAUACUCCAGAUAUUACAUGAGGAGCUCCGUGAUGCCAGCCCGACUUGCCCCUGGGUUUUGUGGCCAUCCCCUUGGAGAAGAGGCCCAGUCCCUAGAUCUUCCCCAAGCCCCCCAGCUGGCCAAAGGGACCAGCUCCCCGAGCCCCCCGCCCCUCCGCCCCAUCCUGAAGAAGACAGCCAGCCUGGGCUUCUGCGUGGUCUACGUCUUCUUCGUCUCCAUCAUCAUCUUCCCUUCCAUCUCUUCCAACAUCGAGUCGGUCAGCAAGAACUCGGGGUCAUUGUGGACUAACAAAUUCUUUGUCCCUCUCACCAGCUUCCUCCUGUUUAACUUUGCUGACUGGUGUGGCCGACAGAUCACGGCCUGGAUCCAGGUCCCGGGGCCCAAAAGCAAGCUGCUCCCUGGGCUGGUGGUCCUGAGGACCUGCUUCAUCCCCCUGUUCAUCUUCUGCAAUUACCAGCCCCGGGCCCACGUGGACCAAGUGCUGCUGAACUCUGAUGUGUUCCCUAUCAUCCUCAUCUCUCUCCUAGGGUUCAGCAAUGGCUAUCUCAGCACCCUUGCCCUGAUAUACGGACCCAAGAUCAUGCCCAAAGAGUUGGCAGAGGCAACCGGGGUGGUGAUGUCCUUCUUCCUCAGUCUUGGCUUGGCCUUGGGCUCGGCCUUCUCGGUCCUCGUGGUGCAUCUCAUCUAGAGGAGCAGAGCGGCCCUCCACUCCUAGGGAAAUGCUCAUUGGGUAGGCCUGUCCAAAACAUGGUGAGAAAGGCCCUUUGUAAGA